CUCUCUCUCUCUCUCUCUCCUUUCCCACCAUUUAUUUCCUCUCGUGACCUUUCUCUUUCCCUCUGUUCUGGGGUUCCCAAAAUUUUGAACAGUCCUAAUAGCUCUUCCUUUCCCCCAGAAAAGUUCCCAUCUUUUUAUGCUCCGUACCCAGGCAAACAAAAAGAAGUUAAGGCAGGGGAAAUGGAGAGUGGGAAGAAGACAGCACCAGAAGCUGGUCCUUGUUCAACAGCAGCAGCAGGUGGAAGCAGUACUAGUACUUGUAGUGGCGCCGUUGAAGAGCGGAAACAAGGAAAGGAGAUCAAUAAUGUGUUGUCGGAUGCAGAUGCCGCUGUCAAGCCAUCAAAUGGAGAAGAAGAAGAAGAAGAACCUCCUCCUGUUCCUGAUGAUGACGACGACGACUUAGAGGACAGAUUGGAGGAUGCUAAUAAUGGCGACGGUGAUGAUCAUCGUCACAUUCCUCCUCCUCUUGUUACUACUACCAGUAGCAGUGGGUUCGUCCCUGGGCCUCUGCUCUCCCUCAAGGAACAGAUUGACAAGGACAAGGAUGACGACAGCUUGAGAAGGUGGAAAGAGAAGCUGCUAGGCUCCAUCAGCGGCGAAUUGAACGGUAGCGAAACAGAGGCGGAAGUUAGGUUCCAUUCCAUAGGCAUAAUGUGCAGCGACUUUGGGGAAGUAACUACACCAUUGCCUAUCGUUGCCAAUGAGAAUGAGAGCCGCUCAAGUCGCCUGCUUUUCACUCUCAGGGAAGGGUCUCAGUAUCAACUCAAGUUCACCUUUACUGUUCUUCACAACAUUGUCUCCGGUUUGACCUACUCAAAUACAGUGUGGAAGUCAGGGAUUCAAGUUGAUCAGAACAAAGGAAUGCUGGGUACUUUUGCUCCUCAACGUGAGCCAUACGUGCAUACUUUGGAGGAGGAGACCACUCCGUCUGGUAUUCUAGCUCGCGGGACUUACUCCGCUAAGCUUAAGUUUGAAGACGAUGACAAAAGAUGUCACCUGGAGCUCAAGUACUGCUUCCAGAUCAAAAAGACCCUCUAACCUAGCCCCUUCCGCCGCCACAAUGGAACCCUUUUUCUCUGGCCAUAUGCUGUUGUGUUGCGAUUAGGAGUGAAUUUGUGGUUGUCCAUCAGUCCAUUGAACGGAUUGCAGCAGUUGUAGCUUCUUUGUUUUUCUUGGGAACAGUCUCUGCUUCCAUCUUCGUUCUGCAUGUGUUGUAAUCUAAUGUGACAUUAAAGGAGUCAAUAUUACAGAGCAGGAUUGUUGAAGGAUGAUCAACAGCAGGUCCAAGUCUGGAUUGAAUUCACAUCUGUAUGGAUACAGGGGAAAACGAGC